GUUAAACGAGGCACAAAGAUGCCAGACAGACAGAAAGUGUUCAUGUGUCUAAAGUCAUUCACGUGCCUCUUAUGUGUUUGUGGAUGUGUAUUAAAGGUUUGAUAUUCGCAGGUGAAGAGUUUUGGGGUGUUCGGGGCUCGCUCCGCCCCUUCACGCGCACCGUAUAAAACCGGGAGCAGCUCGCGCAACGGGACACACGAGCAGUACGCGCUCUGUUACGCGUUAUAUACAAGACUGAGAUCCAAACAGAGGAGCACCACAUGCGCUUAGAUCUCAUAUUAACUGACUGAUAAACAAAACAACAAGGGUUACAAUCGUUUAAUUUUGAGAUUAGCGUCGAGAUAUCUGGUGGCAGAACAGGGGCGUUAGGAUGGAGGCGACGCGAGCGUUGUGGAUUCUGAGCUGCGUUUUGAUGUCGGUCCAGAGCUCGAGACUGAAGACACCAGCGUUACCCAUCCAACCUGAGAGGGACCCCAUGAUCUCCAAAGGAGUGUCCGGCUGUUCGUUCGGUGGACGCUUCUAUUCUUUGGAGGACACGUGGCAUCCGGACCUCGGAGAGCCGUUUGGAGUGAUGCACUGCGUUAUGUGUCACUGUGAGCCGCAGAGGAGUCGGCGUGGUAAAGUGUUUGGGAAAGUGAGCUGCAAGAAUAUGAAGCAGGACUGUCCCGAACCGACCUGUGAUGAUCCCGUCCUGCUCCCGGGUCACUGCUGUAAAUCAUGUCCUAAAGGUGACUCUGAGGGAAAAGAGGUGGAGUCUCUGUACGAGUUCUUUCAUGAGAAAGAGGACGACCUGCACAAAUCUUACAAUGACAGAUCUUACAUAAGUUCAGAGGACGUCAGCGUCAGAGACAGCAGGAUGGAUUUUGUGGCAUUAUUGACGUCUGUGGGUAACUCCUGGCUGCCGAGCUCAAGUGGUGUCGCACGAGCACGCUUUACACUCACGAAAACCACCCUGACCUUCUCCAUCAUGUACCAGAGGAUGAACAGACCGAGGUUAAUCUCAGUCCUGGACACAGAUGGAAACACAGCCUUUGAGUUGAGAGUACCACAGACGGACUCGGACAUGAUCUGUGGAGUUUGGAAGAAUCUGCCGAAGUUUCAUUUGAGUCAGCUGGAGGCGGAGCAGCUGCGUCUUUUCAUGUCGACAGAUGACAACAGGAAGGAAGAGCUUGAAGGCAAAAUCAUUAAACACCGAGCUCUGUUCGCAGAAACGUUCAGUGCCCUCCUCACGCCUGAAGAGGUGCAUUCUGGGAUGGGCGGCAUCGCCAUGUUUACGCUCAGCGACACGGAGAACAAUCUGCAUUUCAUCCUCAUCCUGCAGGGACUCAUUCCACGUGCGGAGAAAUCAUCUGUGAAGUUUCCAGUGAGGGUGAAGCUCUUGUACCGUCAACAUCUGCUGAGGGAAAUACGGGCAAAUAUCUCUGCAGAGGAUUCAGACUUUGCUGAAGUUUUGGCGGAUCUGAACAGUCGGGAACUCUUCUGGUUGUCCCGCGGGCAGCUACAGAUCGCCGUGGAAACCGACGCUCCGAACCGCCGUGUGAUCUCCGGAUUCAUUUCUGGCAAGACAUCAUGUGACACUCUUCAGAGCGUCAUGUCCAGCGGUUCUGCUCUGUCUCCGGGGGAAACUGGCGGCGUCGGGUCGGCCGUCUUCACUCUUCAUCAGAACGGCUCUCUGGACUAUCAGGUGCUGGUGGCCGGUCUGAGCAGCGGCGUGGUCGGCGUGACGAUCGAGAUGAAGCCGCGGCGACGCAGCAAACGCAGCGUCCUGUACGACAUCACGGGGGAUUAUUCCUCAUCGGGUGAGAGGGGCGGCGGGCGUGCGGCGGGUGUCGCCGGCCGCGUGGAAGCGCGACACAUUCACAUGCUCCUGCAGAAUGAACUGUUCAUUAACAUCGCCACGGCCGAGCAGCCGGAGGGAGAGUUACGCGGACAGAUACGCACGCUGCCGUACAACGGACUGGAUGCACGGAGACAUGAACUUCCGGUUCCUCUGGCGGGUCAGUUCGUGUCUCCCGCCGUUCGGACCGGCGCCGCGGGACACGCGUGGAUCUUUGUGGAUGAACAGUGUCAUCUUCACUAUGAGAUCGUCGUGAACGGGCUGAGCAGGAGCGAAGACGCCUCCAUAAACGCCCACCUGCACGGAUUGGCUGAGAUCGGUGAGAUGGACGACGCGGCCACCAAUCACAAGAGACUUCUCACCGGCUUCUACGGUCAACAGGCUCAGGGUGUGUUGAAGGAUUUAAGUCUGGAGUUAUUAAGGCAUUUGGAUGAGGGUAAAGCUUAUAUUCAAGUCAGCACCAAAAUGAACCCCAGAGGAGAAAUACGAGGACUGAUUCAUGUUCCGAACAGCUGUGAGUUCGGUUCCCGCGGUGAGGUCGUGGAGGAGGCGGAGUUUGAUGACCUCGUGUUCGUCCGCGACCCGGCAGAGGUGAAGAAAGACCCACACGCAUGUUUCUUUGAGGGAGAACAUCACGCACACGGCUCUCAGUGGACUCCUCAAUACAACAACUGCUUCACCUGCACUUGCCAGAAGAAAACAGUGAUCUGUGAUCCGGUGAUCUGUCCCGUCCUCUCAUGUCCUCAUAAGAUUCAGCCUGAAGAUCAAUGCUGUCCCGUCUGUGACGAUAAGAAAGAAUCUCAAGAGAAAGCUGCAGCAGAGAAAGUGGAGGAGAAUCCAGAAGGAUGUUAUUUUGAAGGCGAUCAGAAGAUGCACGCUCCUGGAACCACAUGGCACCCGUUCGUCCCUCCGUUCGGUUACAUCAAGUGUGCGGUGUGCACCUGCAAGGGCUCCACGGGUGAAGUCCACUGCGAGAAGGUGACCUGUCCGGCCCUCACCUGCUCCCGACCAAUCAGACGCAACCCUUCCGACUGCUGUAAGGAGUGUCCCGCUGAGGACACGCCCCUCCUGGAAGACGAUGAAAUGAUGCAGGCGGACGGAACGAGACACUGCAAGUUUGGCAAAAACUAUUAUCAGAACAGCGAGUAUUGGCACCCGAGCGUGCCGCUGGUGGGGGAGAUGAAGUGCAUCACCUGCUGGUGUGAUCACGGAGUGACAAAAUGUCAAAGGAAACAGUGUCCGCUGUUGACCUGCGAUAACCCCAUACGACGGGAGGCUCAGUGCUGUCCCGAGUGCAUAGAAGAUUUUAUGGAGAGAGAAGAGAUGCUGAAGAAAGCUGAAAAGAAGAAAAGCUGGAGACACUGACGGGGUUUUCUCAACGUUCACUAUCCUCCUGUUCCUGAGGUCAGGUCGAGUCUGACACGAGUCGAGCGACGGACGCCUGUCGAAACACACCAGCAUGAGGAUACAGAGAGGAGAUCCAGAACAAAAAGAGAGAGAGAGACACGGAAUCUCUGAGGAGAUAUUCAGCCGUCGGAAUUUCACUUUGGCUGAUUUUCUCACGCUUGUAUACAGAAAAAAACUAAAACUUGUCAACAAACGAACACCGUCCGUAUGACACUCGAAAUUCAGCCAAUCAGAAGGACUGUUGCGAAGCGUCUGAUUAGUGAUUUGCUGUGUGGGCGGGGUUUCGACUGCACUGUCUCGCCCACUGGUGCGUUUCUAUUGUUGAUGGUG